AUGUCGCUGAAGCUCGAUGAAGGAAAAAAGCCAUUGGAAAACCCACUGUUUUCCUUGUGGGAAUAUUUUGUCAAGAAAACCACGCGUGAGAUAGACGUGACCAAGGUGAUGAUAAAAGCUAUGGUUAAUGCAUUGGGAGGUGAAAAGAAACUGGCCGAGAUCCUUCUUCAAGCAAAGACUUCAGAAAGGAAAUCUAUAUGCGAUAAAGCUAGAUAUCUUUUUUCUUAUCAAACUCACUACUGGAUUCGAAAUUCCUACACGCCAGAGGCUGUGUUCGAACUUCUGGGUCUCAACGAUAAAAAGAAUAUCAAAGAAGUGGGCCCAGACGAUUUUUACGCUUUAAAACAUUCUUUAAUUUUUAUUAAAGAACCGACUAUAGAGAAUUUAUUGAAAGCAUCGGACUCCAAGGAGCCAUUGAAACCAUCGGACUCCAAGGAGCCAUUGAAACCAUCGGACUCCAAGGAGCCAUUGAAACCAUCGGACUCAAAGGAGCCAUUGAAACCAUCGGACUCAAAGGAGCCAUCGAAACCAUCGGACUCAAAAGAGCCAUCGGAACCAUCGGACUCAAAGGAGCCAUCGGAACCAUCAGAUUUAAAGGAGCCAUCGGAACCAUCGGAAACAACAGAUCUGACUCAGAGUUCGCUUGGAAAGCUUUGGAUCGAACACGUGUUAACAGUAGCAAAAAGUGGCCCUAGUUUUAAGUUAAACGAACGUGAUAAAGGGUACGUGGUAGAUGUUAUAAGUAAACUCAAACGGAGCGUUUCUCCGAGUGCGGCCGUAUACGUGAUGCUAAGAGUGUUAGAAGGAGGCGCGGUUUCCCUUAAAUAG